UUAAGUGCGUAGCGCUUCUAUUCGCCUGUUUACCUCAUUUGUAAUGAUGAUGUGAGGCCGAAACCGCUAGCUAGCUAGCCUAGCUAAAGUACUGAAGAGCCGGUAAAGGAUGGAGGGAAAGAGGCGUGUGUCGGGGGGUACAUUUUGAUAGCCCCCCCUUUUACUUCUCAUCUCCUGCCAUCGGUUUGUUCAGAAAAGCAGCCGUCACGCUCUCAUUAAGGCGCUAGCCUGUUAGCAUGCUAGGUGCAGGCUAGACUAGCUUUAGUGGGUUUCAGUGUGAUUUAAUAUGGCAGACAGCAAAUUCAACACCACUUCUGACCGCUGGAAUAAUUUUCUAAUUUACCUCUACUUAAUAACCUUCGGUCGUUGUUCAUAGCACCGGGUUUUUAGGUCAACAAACCCCGCCUGCCGUUGAAGACUCCUUAGCUAACGCUGGUGCUAACCCAAAAAGUGUUGCCUGGAAUGGAGCCAGGCGACCUGCGAGAGAGCCCUGCCGGCUCCGGGGAAUCGGACGUAGGGGAAUGGAGGGAGUGUAUUGAGGAGGUCAAAGCUGCGGAAUGCGAUGGAAAGACUCAAGAAAUGGCGCUCAGAGACACCUGCGAGGAAGGAGAGAGUGACAAACAGAAAAGCCCCGGAGAGCAAUUACACAGUCCGUAUGAAGAGGAGUUGGACCCCAGAAUCCAGGAGGAACUGGAGCAUCUCAAUGAAGCCAGUGCUGAAAUCAACAAGCUAGAACUGCAGUUGGAUGAUGCCAGAUCGGGAUACCGGAAGAUCCUCACAGAGUCUGCCCGAAAGCUGAACGCUCAGAGCUCUCAGCUCGGCAGCUGCAUUGAAAAAGCGAGACCAUAUUAUGAAGCUCGGCGCCUUGCCAAAGAGGCACAGCAGGAGACUCAGAAGGCAGCUUUGAGCUACGAGAGAGCCGUUUCUAUGCACACAGCUGCCAGGGAGAUGGUCUAUGUGGCCGAGCAGGGCCUGCUGGCUGAUGGCAAGAACACCCUGGAUCCCACCUGGCAGGAGAUGCUCAACCACGCUACCGCCAAGGUGAACGAAGCCGAAGAAGAGCGACUGCGCAGUGAGAGGGAGCACAUGCGUGUCACACACGCCUGUCAGGAGGCCGAGGCGCGGGUGCAGAUGCUGCAGAAGUCCCUCAAGAGAGUCAUCAUCAAGUCCAAACCUUACUUUGAGCUCAAGGCCCAGUUCAACCACAUACUGGAGGAGCACAAGGCCAAAGUGCUGCAGCUGGAGCAGCAAGUAGCCAAAGUGAAGACCCGCUAUUCCAUCGCCCUGCGGAACUUGGAGCAAAUCAGCGAGCAGAUCCAUGCUCAGAGAGGGCGGGACCCGGGCGAGGGGGGAGGACGCCCUUCUAUCUGUGCCGGGCGGAGCCCCCCUGUCGGAGCAGAAUCUGACAUCAAGGUUCAGGCUGAAGGCGGAGCCUGUGGCGGCGCCAUUGGAAGGGAUGGAGUGGACGCAUCCAUCAACCUGGUGGAGAGAUACAAGGAGAAGGAGCAUGAGAAGGAGAGGGAGCGAGCCGGCUCGGAUUCCCUUUCAGUCUUCAGCCUGCAGACCAUUGCUUCUGACCUCGAGAAAUACGACUCCGUCGAGCACCUCGGGGAUCUCAGCGAUGUGGGGAGCAUCACCGGAGAUGAAGGGGAGAAAGAAAAAACCGGAGUGACCAAUAAGAGAGACAAGCUGGUGGAAACGAGCGCCAAAGAGCGACAGCAACAGUUCUAUAAGCAGCACCACCGAAGCUUCAGUUUGUGAGGCUGUCAUAG